AUGCCGGCGUACCACUCGAAAAUUGAACCGGAGCUGUUAAUUGCAAAUAUGGCUCUUCUACCAUUGCGAACAAACUUCAAAGGACCAGCACCUAGAACUGACGCUGAGGACAUCAUCGAUGAAGCCCUCAUGUACUUUAAGCCUAAUAUUUUCUUUCGCGAGUUCGAAAUCAAAGGUCCUUCCGAUAGAACUCUGAUAUAUCUCACGUUGUACAUCACGGAAUGUCUGCGAAAACUGCAACGGAGUCCAAAUAAAAUCUCUGGUCAAAAAGAUCUAGCUGCGCUUGCCCUCAGUCACCAGCUUCCUAUACCUGGAGAAGCUGAUUUUCCUUUGAAUAACAUGUACAAGGCACCUGCGAACAAGCAGGAAGAAGAAACGAUGCGGGCCUACCUACAGCAAAUGAGACAAGAACUUGGCGCAAGACUUUGCGAACUUGCAUUCCCUGAUCCUUCUACAAAACCAAGCAAGUGGUGGUUAUCAUUCUCCCGCAAGCGCUUUAUGGACAAAGGACUCGUUAGUCAAGGUGUUAUUCUAUAA